AUGGAAAUUUAUCGACUCUCCGAUGAAGCAGCCUCUUUAUUUCGCUCUGCUCAUCAUCUUGUUGAUGAUGACACUCUUCUGAACUAUCUUAAUUCUUCUUUAAAUAAUCUCACUGAAGAUAAAGUAAAUUCCUUUUCUUUUGAGAAACUCAAAUCAGAAUACCAACUCCUCAGUAUUGAUCAUAGAAGUUCCCUAACCUCUUGUAACAGCUACAAACGUCGUUUUCGGGAAUCCAAAGAUAGAAUUAAAGUUUUAGAAACAAAAAAUAACUCCCUUAUUGAUGAGAAAGAUAACGCUAUUCUUAAAGGUGCGAAGGAAUUAGAAAAAUUUCAAAAACUUUUACUUGAAGUCCAAGUUGAGCGAGAUUUAGCUUUACGCGAUAAGGAAGCACUCAUGAAGGAAAGAAAUAUUAUUCGAUCUCAGCUCCUUAUAGAGAGUAAAGAUGAGUUUAAAUGGGAUGCUAUGGUUUUGAAUGAUGCUAGAACUGAUUUAGCUGUAAAAGUGAGCCUUGAAUCCAAACAUACUGCUUUAGUUAAAGAUAUUAUUUUCAAUAAUGAAGAGAAGGAUUAUCUUCGGCAAAUUAGAGAAUUUCAGAAACAGCUCGAUGAAUCCAAAAAACUAUCCGAAGAACUGCAGAAGCAGCUUGAAGAAUUUAAAAGGAUAUCCGAAGAAUUGGGCACGAAGUAUGAUGCUCUUGAUUCUAAGUAUCGCAAGCUUAAGAAUAAUUAUGUUGCUACUGUCUCAAACAAUAACAAGGAUGCCAUUCGUGGUAACAACGCUGCAGUAAAGAUAGUGUGCGAAGAAAAUAAUAUUCCCCUUUCCAAUUAUCAUAUUGAAGAUGUUUCUCCAAAUGAAGAUAUUCCUGAAAUCUCUGAUAGUGAAGUAGAGUAUAUGGAAUACGAAGAUGAAGAAGUUGAAGAAGAAAUUCAUAACUAUGAUACUGAACGAAGUAAUCAUGAUGGUUCGGGUGUUAAUCGAAACAAUGAAAAUAACCUGAAUGAAGAUUGA